AUGUCGUUCAUGCACUUUCCAAGCGUCAUACUGGGUGCAGCAGCCUGACCUUCGAAAUCCCAUUAUCCCGAAGUUGGCAAGAAUUUUUUUUUCAAACUUUUGAGGUUUGCAGUUUAUGUCAAACGCGACAUGAGAACAACCGGGCCGCUUUGCUUUAGGCAUGUGGUAAUUAGGGAAGCUCUACAGCUCGACUGGCGAUUUAUCCACGAAUUGGAUUCUGCUUUCGGAUGCUGGCUGACUGAAGAUGAAGAAAAGCAUUUAAAUCACUUUUCUAGCGUGCCAAGAACUACUCAAUAUCACUUAACUAAAAUAAUCUAA